AUGAGUGAUACCAAAGAAUCAAAGUCAGGCGCGAGAAGCAAUAAAGGAGAGAGAGAAGGAUCAAACUUUUCGUCUAAUCCAUUGCCAGACCCUAAAUUCUAUAUUUUAUCAAAAGCAGAACAAAUGCGAACAAUCAAAUAUCUUGCUAUGAUCAAUCCAGAAAUCAAGGAAGUUAUAGAAUCGGGCAAGCCUAUCGUGGAUCCAACCAAAUUGACCGAUCCUAUGCAUUUGGAUGACCUUGCAAAACUCAUAGUCGAAGGCUGUGAGAAAUAUUCUUCUUCUCGCAAGCAAAUGAGAAAUAAAGCGGAUGAAAGUGAGAAGAAACGACAACAGACAAAUUCGGAUAUAUACGAAUUCUUGAGUGCCUCUUCUACAAGAAGCGAUACGACAACACAAGGCCAGUCAAAUAGGCUGUCUGAGGGUGUUAUGUCAGACACUGAAAGGAAAGCUUUUACUCCUUAUGCGACUAUUUCAUAUCAGCCGCAAGUGGUAACUCUUGAUCCUUUCUACGAAAGCAUUAGUCCAAGCGUAUGGAUAGCCAGGAGUGAAAUGACUUUGGAAGAUGCUGGUUAUCCGGAAAGCAGAUUCAUGUACCAAAUGCAGAAAGCUCUUCCGGCAAAGUCGUACCCUGCAGCUUGGUGUAUUGACUUCAUGCGUAGGGCAAAGGCCAAUCCUGCAUUGAUGAAUUAUAACCAUUUCAAAACCGAAUUUCUCACUAUCUUUCAGCCGGAAAGAUUAAUCGAUCAAACAAUCUCAAAGAUGGAUUCUGUUCCUUUUGCGAAAAUCGAUCAAUAUGUUGGCGAAUUCUACAUCUUACGUUCACAAGUUGAUGCAAACACAUUCACAGACAGUCGUUGGAUCUAUGCAUUCUUUCGAAAUCUGCCGCCAACUUGGAUGGAAAAGCUAAACGACUGGAAAGUUGAUCGUAUGAAAAGAAAUAUGUGGCAAACAACCACUUGGGAUGAAUUGGUAAAAACAGUGUACACCCUGAACAGCCAACACUUGAGCUGA